AUGGCUGGCCAUGCCUUCCUCCUGGCUACUCCAACCCCGGCCAACAGCUCCGUCUCCCCUGCAGCUACUCUCCCAAGCCUCCCCAGCUUCUCCUUCACCCAAAUCCAGACAACAGAUGUUCUGAAAGAGCUGCAAAACCGAGCAACAGUGUACUCUACUGUGUACUCUAUCAUCACGGUGUUCGGCCUGGCCGGUAAUGGUUUCGCCCUGUUGGUUCUGGUUAAAACGUUCCGUCAGCGUUCUGCGUUCCACAUCUACAUGUUGAACCUGGCCGUGUCAGACCUGCUGUGUGUCUCCACGCUGCCGCUACGGGUCCUCUACUACGUUAAUAAGGGUCAGUGGAACCUGGGAGACUUCCUGUGCAGGGUGUCGUCCUAUGCCCUCUACGUGAACCUCUACUGCAGCGUGUUCUUCAUGACCGCCAUGUCCGUCACACGCUUCCUCGCCAUCGUGUUUCCCGUGCAGAACCUGCGCCUGGUCUCAGAGCGUCGCGCCCGUCUGGUGUGUGUCUGUAUCUGGGUGUUCAUCUGCACUGUCUCCUCCCCCUUCCUCAUGACUGGUCAGCACCUCGACCCAGCCACCAAUAAGACCAAGUGCUUCGAGCCUCCAGAGCGCAGAACAGGGGGCGGGCUUAGCAAGCUCAUCAUGCUCAACUACUUCUCAUUGGUCGUGGGCUUCGUGCUUCCUUUCUUGGUCAUCCUGCUGUGCUAUGCCGGGAUUAUCCGGGCUCUGCUGUCACGGCAACACACUGCGCAGCGCCAGAAGGGGGCGGGGUCUAAGGCUAUCAGAAUGAUUGUCAUAGUGAUGCUAGCAUUCCUGCUGUGCUUCAUGCCGUACCACAUCCAACGCUCCGUCCACCUCAGCUUCCUGUCCCAGACUGCCACUUCCUGUUCGGAGCUGGUGUACAUGCAGAAGAGUGUGGUGGUGACACUCUGUCUGGCUGCCUCCAACUCCUGCUUCGACCCCUUGCUCUACUUCUUCUCUGGAGAGGGCUUCAGACGACGCCUGUCAACCUUCAGGUCCACUAGCAGGACACAGAGACAACCGGCCACAGAGACAGGGGCACAGACAACGUUAGGGAGGGGAACACGCUUUGAGUGAGUGAGUGAGUGAGUGAGUGAGUGAGUGAGUGAGUGAGUGAGUGAGUGAGUGAGUGAGUGAGUGAGUGAGUGAGUGAGUGAGUGAGAGGGGCACACGAGCCUAAGAUCACGAUGCACAAUGUCAAGCUCUGUUUUUCAUGGUUUGGGCUAUUUCCCUUAGUUCUAGUAAAGGGAAAUCUUAACGCUACAACAUACAAUGACAUUCUAGACAAUUCUGUAGUUCCAACUUUGUGGCAACAGUUGGAAGGCCUUUUCCUGUUUCAGCAUGACAAUGCCCCUAUGCAAAAUGCAGACUCGACAGCCUUGGUUUCUCAAAUGAUUGCCUCGCCUGGUUCACCAACUACUUCUCUGAUAGAGUUCAGUGUGUCAAAUCGGAGGGUCUGCUGUCCGGACCUCUGGGAGUCUCUAUGGGGUUGCCACAGGGUUCAAUUCUUGGACCGACUCUCUUCUCUGUAUACAUCAAUGAGGUCGCUCUUGCUGCUGGUGAGUCUCUGAUCCACCUCUACGCAGACGACACCAUUCUGUAUACUUCCCCCCCUUCUUUGGACACUGUGUUAACAACCCUCCAGACAAGCUUCAAUGCCAUACAACUCUCCUUCCGUGGCCUCCAAUUGCUCUUAAAUACAAGUAAAACUAAAUGCAUGCUCUUCAACCGAUCGCUACCUGCACCUACCCGCCUGUCCAACAUCACUACUCUGGACGGCUCUGACUUAGAAUACGUGGACAACUACAAAUACCUAGGUGUCUGGUUAGACUGUAAACUCUCCUUCCAGACCCAUAUCAAACAUCUCCAAUCCAAAGUUAAAUCUAGAAUUGGCUUCCUAUUUCGCAACAAAGCAUCCUUCACUCAUGCUGCCAAACAUACCCUUGUAAAACUGACCAUCCUACCAAUCCUCGACUUUGGCGAUGUAAUUUACAAAAUAGCCUCCAAUACCCUACUCAACAAAUUGGAUGCAGUCUAUCACAGUGCAAUCCGUUUUGUCACCAAAACCCCAUAUACUACCCACCAUUUCGACCUGUACGCUCUCGUUGGCUGGCCCUCGCUUCAUACUCGUCGCCAAACCCACUGGCUCCAUGUCAUCUACAAGUCCCCCCUUAUCUCAGCUCGCUGGUCACCAUAGCAUCUCCCACCUGUAGCACACGCUCCAGCAGGUAUAUCUCUCUAGUCACCCCCAAAACCAAUUCUUUCUUUGGCCGCCUCUCCUUCCAGUUCUCUGCUGCCAAUGACUGGAACGAACUACAAAAAUCUCUGAAACUGGAAACACUUAUCUCCCUCACUAGCUUUAAGCACCAACUGUCAGAGCAGCUCACAGAUUACUGCACCUGUGCACAGCCCACCUAUAAUUUAGCCCAAACAACUACCUCUUUCCUUACUGUAUUUAAUUAAUUUAUUUAUUUUGCUCCUUUGCACCCCAUUAUUUGUAUUUCUACUUUGCACAUUCUUCCACGGCAAAUCUACCAUUCCAGUGUUUUACUUGCUAUAUUGUAUUUAAUUUGCCACCAUGGCCUUUUUUGCCUUUCCCUCCCUUCUCACCUCAUUUGUUCACAUUGUAUAUAGACUUGUUUAUACUGUAUUAUUGUCUGUAUGUUUGUUUUACUCCAUGCGUAACUCUGUGUCGUUGUAUCUGUCGAACUGCUUUGCUUUAUCUUGGCCAGGUCGCAAUUGUAAAUGAGAACUUGUUCUCAACUUGCCUACCUGGUUAAAUAAAGGUGAAAUAAAUAAAUAUGGAGUUAGAAUUAGUGUUAGGAUUAGUGUUAGGGUUAAAUAAAUAUGGAGUUGGUACCCCUUUGCUGCAAUAUUGACCUCAACUCUUCUGGGAAAUCUUUCCACUAGAACAUUGACCUCAACUCUUCUUCUUCUCUUCUUUCCACUAGAACAUUGACCUCAACUCUUCUUCUUCUCUUCUUUCCACUAGAACAUUGCUUGCUUGCUUCCAUUCAGCCACAAGAGCUUUAGUGAGGUUUGGCACUGAUGUUGGGCUAUUAGGCCUGGCUUGCAGUCGGCAUUCUAAUUCAUCCCAAAUAUGUUCAAUGGGGUUGAGGUCAGGACUCUGUGCAGGCCAGUCAAGUUCUUCCACACUGAUCUCAACAAACCAUUUCUGUAUGGGCCUAUCUUUGUGCACUAGGGCAUUGUCAUGCUGAAACAGGGAAUGGCCUUCCCCAAACUAAGUUGGAAGCACAGAAUUGUCUAGAAUGUAAUUGUAUGCUGUAGCAUUAAGAUUUCCAUCGCUGGAACUAAGUGGCCUAGCUCGAACCAUUAAAAACAACUAAUUAUUCCUCCUCCCCCAAAUUUUACAGUUGGCACUAUGCUUUGGGGCAGGUAGCGUUCUCCUGGCACCCGCCAAACCCAGAUUCGUCCGUCGGACUGCCAGAUGGUGAAGCGUGUUUUUUUGCACCUACCUAUGUCAAAUUCUAGAUGGCGGAUUAAAACAAGGCUAUACCCUCCAUAAAGUGACCAUUGGACUUAAAAAAUGGCUGAUUGACUGAUUGAGUUUUUGUUAAAUUUAUCAUUUAAAAUCGGCCUCACGUGCACAUUUCUGUCCGUUAAGAAACAACGAUGUGCUACCUUUUGGUAGCAUUUCGGACAAUGCUAAACUAUUUUUUAGCUGAAACUCAGAGUUCUAACACUGGGUCAGUUGCUUUUAACAUGCUGCCAGUCAUAAGAAGUGUUUGGAACAAACCAAGACUAUUGUAUAUAGAUAGCUUCGAUACCACCAUAUAGCUGAGGUUAAUCAAUACAUUUAAAGAGAAAUUCUGAUUAGCUAGGUAGCUAAAUAGCUAAUGCUACCUAGCUAACAUUAGCUUGCUUGUACAAAGUCCAGCAACUAGCCUCUGUAGCUAGCUUUCACCAGUCAGCAGAAAGCUAGCUAGCAAACAAAGAGGCAAAUAAAUGUAGCUAGCCUAUGAAUGUGCUUUUGUUUUGAUUAGCUAGCUAGCUAACAUAAUGUUAUACCAGUCAAGUGAGAGCUAACAUUGGCUAAGUAGUUAACCAAUAAGUAGGGAACGCUAGCUAGCAAGCUAUAUUUUGCCAAUAAGAUUUUCACAUAAUGCUGAAAUCAUCUUGUGUAAACUAGACACUUAGAUGUAACCAGAGCACAAACAAAGAUGCACAAAUAAAUUAGCUAAUGUCCUUGGCUGCUAUUAUAGCCAAUUAACUUUAGCUAGCUAAGUAACCUUAGCCAACGUAAGACUUAACAUUAGCUAACGUGUAUGGCCAGUUCAUGCACGACAAUAUAUCAUACUUUCUUACACAAAACAUUACUAUUUAGUUAAUGUUAGUUACGUUAAGUCUAAAACCACCAAACUUUGGGAAACUGCCACACUUAUAGCCAGCAGCAUACCACCCUGCAUACCACUGCUGGCUUGCUUCUGAAGCUAAGCAGAGUUGGUACUGGUCAGUUCCUGGAUGGGAGACCAGAUGCUGCUGGAAGUGGUGUUGGAGGGCCAGUAGGAGGCACUCCUUCCCAAUGCCUCAUGGCAGUGAUUGACACUGCCCUGUGUAGGGUGCUGUCUUUUCGGAUGGGAUGUUAAAGUCAGGAGACCCGUAACUAACAUUCCCAAAAUCAAACCAUCAGUCACCUAAUAAUCCCCAGUUUUAAAUUGGCUCAUUCAUCCCCCUCCUCUCCCCUGUAACUAUUUCCCAGGUUGUUGCUGAGAAUGUGUUCUGAGUCAUCUUACCUGGUAAAAUAAUGGAUAAAUAAAAAUACUCAUCAUGUUUAUUGUACUGAUCAAGCUAUGAUCAAAUGUGUCAGACAGGACUAACAUUGCAGUUAGCUAUGCUACAUUUCCUAAGAAGAACCAAGACCACAACACAAACCAUAGCCAAGAAAACAAAUGGGUUUGUUGAGAUACAGUAAGUUAGCGAUGUUGAACUGCAUAAAAUGAAACGCACAUGGAAACCGAACCUCAGUUGUGCAUGCUUACCAGACUGACAGCAUUACUGUUUCAAACAUUUGUCGAAUAAAUGACAGCUCCGGCAUAAACUCCC